AUGUCUGCUUCGCCAUCCUCCGCAGCUGCUGUUCCCUCCACCAAACGACCCCUAGAAGAUCCCUCGUCCCCUUCAGCCCCGUCUGACUACCCUGACGCUAAAAGACCAGCACUCGACAAGCCUGAUGCCGCUACUGCGGUCGCAGAAGAAUCAGCUGUCACUGCUACCACCAAUGGCACGGCAGUAGAUCACACCGACGGUGGCGAGCCCCAGUCUGCUGUCAAGGCCGAAGAACCACAACCGAUCCCAUCAACAUCCUCCGAUACCACAGCAACGGCGUCCCCUAUUGCCAAUCAGGACGAGACCAAGUGGAUUCACAUCAGAGCUGUCAUUUCCAGUGCUGAGGCUGCAACAUGUAUCGGCAAAGGUGGUGAGAACGUCACUCAGAUCCGCAAGAUGUCAGGGGCGAAAUGUACUGUCAGCGACUACUCUCGUGGAGCCGUCGAAAGAAUUCUGACCGUUAGCGGUGCUCAAGAUGCUGUGGCCAAGGCCUUUGGACUCAUCAUCCGGACUCUCAACCAAGAGUCGCUUGAUCAGCCGUCGACCUCGCAGUCCAAGACAUAUCCUCUCAGACUGCUGGUACCACACAUCUUGAUCGGUUCUAUCAUUGGCAAGUCUGGCGUUCGCAUCCGUGAAAUUCAGGAAGCAUCCGGUGCAAGACUCAACGCGUCCGACUCUUGCUUGCCGCUGUCCACGGAACGGUCGCUUGUGGUUCUGGGCGUUGCAGAUUCCGUCCAUAUUGCAACUUACUACAUCGCUGUCACCCUAGUCGAGCAGCUUACAGAGCGAUUUGGCGGUCCAGCUGCUUCAGCGUACGCUUCACGCGGCGGUGGUCCAGCUGGCGUGGUUCCAGGUGGCAUGCAGGUGGUGCCUUACGUUCCACAGCCUGCUGGCGGGCAGUAUGGUCACCCAGACACAUACAAGCGUCAUGGCACUCAGCCCCCUCAACGUGGUCCAGUCGCACCAUACGGCGGACCACAGAUGGGCGCUCAACCUCAUCAGCCCUAUCAGCAGCACGGUGGUGCGCAGUAUCCGAACACGCCGCGCCAAGCCAGCUUCGGUGGUCAGGCAACACCUCAGCAGGGUGGUUAUGCUCCUAACGCCAUGCCCGGUCAACCAAUCACUCAGCAGAUCUACAUCCCGAACGACAUGGUUGGCGCUAUCAUUGGUAAAGGAGGUGCCAAGAUCAACGAGAUCCGUCAUUUGUCUGGCAGUGUCAUCAAGAUCAACGAGCCACAGGACAAUAGCAACGAACGUCUUGUCACUAUUACUGGUACCGCGGAGUGCAAUCAGAUGGCUCUCUACAUGCUCUACUCGAGACUCGAGAACGAAAAGCACCGUGUCUAG